CGCGGGAGCGCGAGAGCACAGAAGACACGGAACACGGUCGCGUUAUUUAGAAUCUCACGAGCAAAACAUUCGAACUGGAUUAGUGUGUGUAAAGCAGAAUUUGCCUCGCUGUCAGCAUGUGUUCCGCGUGUUGUGUGUCUCAGCUGGCCUGCUGCUGUGGAUCGGCUGCCUGCUCCCUGUGCUGCGGCUGCUGUCCCAAGAUCAAACAGUCCACCUCGACACGCUUCAUGUACGCCCUCUUCUUCAUGCUGGUCACGGUGACCUGUGUCAUCAUGAUGUCCCCCACUGUGGAGACGGCAAUGCGAGAAAAUAUUCCUUUCUACAAAGAAAUGUGUCAUCAGCUCAAUGCGGGGGAGAACUGCAGUACCCUAGUGGGCUAUUCGGCUGUGUAUAAAGUCUGUUUCGGCAUGGCCUGCUUCUUUUUCUUCUUCUCAGUGUUCACCAUUUGUGUGCGAACCAGCACAGGAUGCCGGGCAGCUGUUCACAACGGGUUCUGGUUCUUUAAGUUUCUGGCUUUGCUGGGCUGCUGUGCAGGCGGAUUCUUUCUCCCAAAUCAAGACACGUUUCUAGAAGUCUGGCGUUAUGUGGGGGCCGCUGGAGGUUUUCUCUUCCUCAUCAUCCAGUUGAUGCUUCUCGUCCAGUUUGCCCACAGAUGGAAUCAAAACUGGAGCUCAGGAGCCAAAUAUAAUAAAAUGUGGUAUGCAGCACUGGCUUUUGUCACACUGGCACUGUUCUCCGUGGCAGUGGGAGCCAUGGUGUUUAUGAUCAAGUUCUACACGCACCCAGAGGCCUGCUUCCUCAACAAGCUCUUCCUGGGAGUCAACUGUGGCCUGUGCUUCAUCGUGUCCCUGCUGGCCAUCUCGCCCUGCAUUCAGACCUUCCAGCCCACCUCAGGUCUGCUGCAGCCCGCGAUCAUCACCGUCUAUGUCAUGUACCUCACCUUCUCAGCGCUCGCCAGCAAACCCAUUGAAACGGUGGAGGAAAACGGAUACAAUGUCACUGUCUGCGUUCUUCCCUUUAAAUCAGGACUGAAGAGCGACACUAACAUAGUGACGGGCAUCGGAACGGUCAUACUGUUCGGCUGUAUACUGUACUCUUGUUUGAUCUCCACCACCAAGAGGAGUUCAGCAGCCUUGCAAGUGUACAGGAACGACAUGCCUGAAAAUGAGAGAGCCCGCUGCUGCUUCUGCUGUGUUGAUGAUACAGAAGAUUAUGAUGAUGAGAAGACCGCAGGAGGGCAGAGUGUGAAGUAUGAUGAGAAAGAUGGCACAAUCUACAGCUACUGGUACUUCCAUUUUGUUUUCUUCCUCGGCUCCCUCUACGUCAUGAUGACUGUAACCAACUGGUUUCAUUAUGACAACGCAAAGAUCGAGAGGCUGCUGGAGGGGAGCUGGUCAGUGUUCUGGAUCAAGAUGGCAUCUAGUUGGGUCUGUUUAUUUCUGUACAUGUGGACCCUGGUGGUUCCAAUGCUCUUCCCAAAGAGAUUUCAAGCCUAGAAACCCUUCACACAUGACCCAGUAUCACCACUGUCCAUUUACAACUACUGUGUGUGAGAGAGAGAAAGAGAGAGAGAGAGAGUUUUGUCUUUUUUAUUUGUUUUCUUAGUUUUAGCAUAGUAAAGGCUCAAAUGCUGCUUAUGUUUUGUUUAAAAUUCAUUUCCGUGGAGAUAUGUUACAGAAAUCAUGUUACGGUUGCUCCCAUACUGAUGUAGGGCUCUUGUUUACCUCAUAACAUGAAGGUAUGAAAACAAAGCAUUGCUCAGGCUCACACAUCACCUGUAAGUGUCUUGCUUGUUGCGCUUUUCUGUUGGUAGCUGAAGAAUUCUAUGCAAAUCUGUGAUUUUCAUUCAAGAGUUUGUCUGCAUUUUUUAAUGUAAUAUUUUUUAGGUUUUUAGUGUUUUUUAGGUAUUGUAUUUCACUACGGGCGUGUUUUACUAAGGUAACAGGACUUUUCAUUUGAGUAAAUGUACCUAUUUAUUAACUAGAAAUUAUGAUUAGGUAGGACACUGCGGCCUUUGCAAGACCACGGGACUAUGCCGUCUAUCAGGGGAACAAACCAGCUGAGAAAUUACAUUGCAAGGUUAUGCCAGUACAUGUAUGUGAAUAGAUUUACUCAUUUGAGAGUUCUUGUUGUCGUAUUUAUUGAAGCACCCUCAUAGUUUCUUUUUCAGCCUGCGCCAAACCAAUAUUUCCAAAUAAGUCUGCAACAUUCCUAAAGUUUCCUAUCUUUUGGUUUCAUCUUCAAUCUCAGGUAGUGAUGAAAUCUACAUAUUUAGCAUAUGGUAUUUCCAGUGAAUCAUACCAUUCUAAGGAAAGUAUGUUACUGCCAUUCCCAGUUAAGCUUAAUAUGAUGAUUUGAGAUGGCCACAACAUUAUGCCCCGAAAACCUAAACUGUCAUACAGAUUGUUAUAUGUCUGGCCCAUAGCAACAUUGAAACUAUAAAUUGUUACUUACUUUCCCAGUUUUGUUACAAAAAUGGUGCUUUAGACCAUGGGUGACCUGUAAUAUUAUAUCUCAGCAAGAACACAUUUAUACCAUAUUUUAUACUUAUAAAGCAUUGUUACAGCUCUGUACAGCUAUUGUAUUUAAUCUUUCAGAGGUUUUUGUUGCUGUAAGUGCAUGUGUUUCUUGAUUGUGGUGUUUACAUAGUUACUGGAGCUGCCCGUAUUAGACUCACUGUAGCAUUCCUGAUGCUCCCUGGUAGAAAAAAAGUGGUUGGCGUUGUCGUUGAUGAAGAAAAUACAAUCUAGAACUGGAAUUAUUUUGACAUUUUAUGGUUUUUUCCUGUGUAGCAGUUGUAUCUACCCUAAAUGUUUUGACCAAACAGACGAACCAAAAUCUCUUCAGGAUGUCCGAGUCUUUCGCUAGAAUUGGAGCUAGAAUGUCUUUACUUCUGAAUAACUUCUCAUAAAUGCCCUAAAGAAAUCUGUCUGAUGAUGUUUUUGUAUGUUUCGAGUGAAAUCGAGAAAAUGAUUGCCUUAAACACUACAUGUUACAACUGCAUCAAGCUAUACUGUUUUAUGUAACCUGUGAAUAAUUUGGUGCUCAGUAUUUGCUUUUAACUGUGUUUGUCUGGAUUAAACAUUAUGCUUUCCUUUAUUUACGAAUAUGCUGAACAUAAACGUGACAUUUAAUUGCAAUAUGUGCUUUAUGUAAAUAGUCCUUUGUAAAGAUGACCACUAGGUGUACUCAUAGUAUUGCAAACAAAAGUAAUCUUGCGCUUUGUGCUGUUCUCACUAAUUUCGCAUGAAAACAUUAUAAUCCAAAAAAUAUGUACAGUAAGUUUAAAACAAUUCUUUUCCUCAUUUGUAUGACUUGAUUUGUAUUAUUAUUAUUAUUAUUAUUAUUUACUUUUCCUCAUUAUUUCAACAUGUUUCAUGAAGGGUAAAAUGAGUUUAACUGUUGCAGGAUCAAACCCAUAUUUUUAGUGUUUUUAUUGGUAUUUCCAGUUUCCACUUUCAAUAAAAAAAGACAAAUUAAUAAAA